UCCGCGUCAUGCCGAGCCUCCCGGCCCCGCCGGCCCCGCGGCUGCUCCUCGGGCUGCUGCUGCUCGGCUGGCGCCGGGCCGGUGGCACUGGCCCUGAGACCCCAACGCUGCCCAUCCGUCCCGAGAAGGAGACGCCGCUGCCCCUUCGGGAAGCGGCAGGCUGCUCCUUCGGCGGGAAGGUCUAUGCCUUGGACGAGACGUGGCACCCGGACCUGGGGGAGCCUUUUGGGGUGAUGCGCUGCGUGCUGUGCGCCUGUGAAGCGCCUCAGUGGGCUCGCCGUGGGAGGGGCCCUGGCAAGGUCAGCUGCAAGAACAUCAAACCCCAGUGCCCCACCCUGGCCUGCAGGCAGCCGCGCCAGCUGCCAGGACACUGCUGCCAGACCUGCCCGCAGGAGCGCAGCACUCUAGAGGGACAGCCCGCUGGCCUAGUCUUCGAGUAUCCAAGGGACCCGGAGCACCGCAGUUACAGCGACCGAGGGGAACCUGGCGCUGGGGAGCGGACACGUGCUGACGGCCACACGGACUUCGUGGCGUUGCUGACAGGACCGAGGUCGCAGGCGGUAGCUCGUGCCCGAGUCUCUCUGCUGCGCUCAAGUUUACGCUUCUCUAUCUCCUACCAGCGUCUGGACCGCCCCAGCAGAGUUCGGUUCACAGAUCCCACGGGCAACAUCCUGUUCGAGCACUCUGCAGCCCCCACCCAGGAUGGCCUGGUCUGCGGGGUGUGGAGGGCAGUACCUCGGCUGUCUGUGAGGCUCCUGAGGGCAGAGCAGCUGCAUGUAGCCCUCGUGACCCCUACUCAUCCUUCAGGAGAAGUCUGGGGGCCUCUCAUUUGGCAAGGGGCUCUCACAGCAGAGACCUUCAGUGCCAUCCUGACCCUGGAAGACCCGCAGCAGCGGGGUGUGGGAGGCAUAGCCCUGCUUGCCCUCAGCGACACGGAAGACUCCUUACAUUUUCUGCUGCUCUUCCGGGGUCUUCUGGGCCCCAGCAAUGGAGAACCAGCUCAGGUCCCCCUGAAGCUUCAGAUUCUCCACCAGGGACAGCUGCUUCGAGAGCUCCAGGCCAACACCUCAGCUCAGGAGCCAGGUUUUGCUGAGGUGCUGCCCAGCCUUACAGAGCAAGAGAUGGACUGGCUGGUGCUGGGGGAGCUGCAGGUGGCCCUCGAGGGGGCAGACGGGCCAGAGCUACGCAUCAGCGGAUACAUUACUGCCAGGCAGAGCUGUGAUGUCCUUCAAAGCGUCCUUUGUGGGGCCGAUGCCCUGAUCCCAGUCCAGACGGGUGCUGCUGGCUCAGCCAGCUUCAUUCUGCUAGGGAAUGGAUCUCUGAUCUAUCAGGUGCAAGUGGUAGGUACAGGUAGCGAGGUGGUGGCCACGACACUGGAGACCAAGCCUCAGCGGAAGGACCAGCGCACUGUCCUGUGCCACAUGGCUGGACUUCAGCUGGGAGGACACAUGGUCGAGGGUAUCUGCUCUGGGCUGGGCGCCCGAGGGGCUCACAUGUUGCUGCAGAACGAGCUGUUCCUGAAUAUUGCCACCAAGGACUUCCCGGAGGGAGAGCUUCGGGGACAUGUGACUGCACUAUCCUACAGUGGACACAGUGCCCGCUAUGACCGACUGCCUGUGCCCCUGGCGGGGGCCCUAGUGCUGCCCCCUGUGCGGAGCCAGGCAGCAGGGCAUGCCUGGCUCUUCCUGGAUACGCAUUGCCACUUACACUAUGAGAUUCUGCUGGCUGGGCUUGGGGGCUCAGAGCAAGGCACUGUCACCGCCCACCUCCUCGGGCCUCCUGGGAUGCCGGGGCCCCAGCGGCUGCUGAAGGGAUUCUAUGGCUCAGAGGCUCAGGGAGUUGUAAAAGACCUGGAGCCCGUGCUGCUGCGGCACCUGGCGCAGGGCACUGCCUCCCUAUUGGUCACCACCAAGAGUAGCCCCAGAGGGGAACUCCGUGGGCAGGUGCACAUCACCAGUCAGUGUGAGACGGGAGGUCUGCGCCUGGCUGCAGAGGAAGUGCGGUUGUCCCUGGCUUCAAAUGGAGAGGCAGCUACCUCAACCAUGCAGCCCGCUGAAGCCCCAGGACCAGCCAAACAUAGCAACCCCAGGAGGCUCCUAGACCCUAACACAUGCUUCUUCGAGGGGCAGCAGCGUCCCCACGGGGCUCGCUGGGCACCCAACUAUGAUCCACUCUGCUCACUCUGCACCUGCCAGAGACGAACAGUGAUCUGCGAUCCUGUAAUAUGCCCACCACCAAGCUGUCCCCACCCGGUGCAGGUACUGGACCAGUGCUGUCCUGUGUGUCCAGAGAAACAACGGAGCAGAGUCCUUGCUAGGCUACCAAAUGUGGAGCCAGGAGAGGGCUGCUAUUUUGAUGGCGACCGGAGCUGGAGGGCGGCGGGUACCCGAUGGCACCCGGUCGUGCCUCCCUUUGGCUUAAUUAAGUGUGCUGUCUGCACCUGCAAGGGGGCCACUGGAGAGGUGCACUGUGAGAAGGUGCAGUGUCCUCGCCUGGCCUGUGCUCAGCCUGUCCGCGCCAACCCCACCGACUGCUGCAAACAGUGUCCAGUAGGGUCAGGGACCCAUGCCAAGCUGAGACCCAUGCAGGCUGACGGGCCUCGGGGGUGUCGCUUUGCUGGGCAGUGGUUCCCAGAGAAUCAGAGCUGGCACCCAUCAGUGCCCCCCUUUGGGGAGAUGAGCUGUAUUACCUGCAGAUGUGGGGCAGGGGUGCCCCACUGUGAGCGGGAUGAUUGUUCGGGGUCACUGUCCUGCGGCUCAGGGAAGGAGAGUAAAUGCUGUUCCCGCUGCACAACCCAAAGGUCAGCCUCUGAGACUAAAACACUUCUAGAGCUGGAGAAAGAAGAUGAGAGCUCCUAGGGAGCAUCCAGAAGGCCACAUGACCAAGAGGAUGGGCCUGAGCUGGGAGAAGGAGCAGUGCUGAGGACCCCGACUCUCCUGUGGGAAUCCCAGUGCCUUUAGCGCCUCUGUUCUGCUUCUCUCCUCCACUACCUCUGGGAACCACAACUCUGCAAGGGGAAAGACUGAUGGGCCAAGGCCAUAUCCAUGAGAACUCCUGCCCAGUUUUUCUUUUGGCCUCUGUCCUAGAAACCUAACUCUUUUCUUCUAUACAGAACACCACUGGCUUCUUGGGAUUUUUAAUUUAUCCUCACUCAGCACCAAGGGUUUCCUCACACCAUUCCUGCUGCCCCUGAGCUGAGCAGAGUCCUUAUUAGAGAUUUUUUGUAUUUAUUAAAACAUCCUGUUUUUCAGUC